AUGUCGAGAAAUUUGAACGUAACCGCUUGCCAAAAAAUCGUUUGCACUCCAACCGGCAACUUUACCGUCGUCAGCUUUCUAGCAACCUUGCCACACGAUAAAGAUAUAAUCGCCCAGAACUCCUUCAAAACGGCCUAUGAUGACUGCAUUUUUUUCAUCCAACCGGGAUUUUUUUAUUUGAUUUGUGAAGCUGUCGGCAAAAUGUUUCCAGAUGAUCAAAAAAUAAUUAAGGGGAGUGCUACUGUCAGUGGAGAUGAAAAUAGCACAUGUAUCGAGAGAGAAAAGAAAGGUUUGUGGAUAUGGACAUACACACAUGUGUGUAAACACUACACGGAUUAUAAAUCGAACACAGCAUUCGAACCAGGACUCCCAAGCAUGAGACUGCUAACCAUAACACUGUCUUGUGCGGUAUUCGUUACGUUUAUGUGUGGCUUACUCAUUUGCAUCAAUAGGCAAAGAAGAAAAAAAAGGGUGCAGUUCAGCACCCACGUUGAAGAAUUUUCCAUAGGAUCAGAAUGA